GUUUUCAACCCUUUAAAGCAGCUCCGUUGCCUGCUUCCUAGCCGACUUUUGGCUCCAGGCGUAGGAACCGGAUUGCCAUAGGACACCUUCUGCUGAGAAAAAAGUAAAAUGGAACACAACGGAUCAGCUUCAAAUGCUGGUAAAAUCCACCAGAAUCGGUUGUCAAGUGUGACGGAAGAUGAAGACCAAGACGCAGCCCUCACCAUUGUGACCGUGCUGGACAGAGUGGCCAGUGUCGUGGACAGUGUGCAGGCAAGCCAGAAGAGAAUUGAGGAGAGACACAGAGAAAUGGGUAACGCGAUAAAGUCUGUCCAAAUAGACCUGCUGAAGCUCUCACAGUCACACAGCAAUACGGGCUACGUUGUCAACAAGCUGUUUGAGAAGACCCGGAAAGUCAGCGCUCACAUUAAGGAUGUCAAGGCCCGGGUAGAGAAGCAACAGGUUCGUGUAACCAAAGUCGAAACCAAGCAAGAAGAAAUAAUGAAGAAAAACAAAUUCCGAGUGGUAAUCUUCCAGGAGGACAUUCCCUGCCCCGCAUCCCUGUCUGUUGUUAAAGACAGAAGCCUGCCCGAGAACCAGGAGGAGGCCGAAGAAGUCUUCGAUCCCCCAAUAGAGCUCUCCUCGGAUGAGGAGUAUUAUGUUGAAGAAAGCAGAUCUGCCAGGCUUAGGAAGUCAGGCAAAGAGCACAUUGACCACAUCAAGAAAGCCUUUUCCAGAGAAAACAUGCAGAAGACACGGCAGACUCUUGACAAGAAAGUGAGUGGGAUUAGAACUAGGAUAGUCACUCCUGAGAGGAGAGAGAGGCUGAGGCAGUCGGGAGAGAGGCUGAGGCAGUCAGGAGAGAGGCUGAGGCAGUCGGGGGAAAGAUUUAAGAAAUCGAUUUCCAGUGCCGCUCCCUCAAAGGAAGCUUUUAAGAUUCGGAGCCUUAGGAAAGCGAAGGAUCCCAAGGCCGAGGGCCAGGAGGUAGACAGAGGGAUGGGCGUGGACAUCAUCUCAGGUAGCCUGGCUCUGGGGCCCAUCCAUGAGUUCCACUCUGAUGAGUUCAGUGAAACAGAAAAGGAGGUGACCAAAGGAGGGUACAGUCCCCAAGAAGGAGGGGACCCCCCAACGCCUGAGCCUUUGAAGGUGACUUUUAAACCCCAGGUGAGGGUAGAGGAUGACGAGUCACUCCUGUUGGAGCUAAAGCAGUCCUCAUAGAGGAUUUAAGUACGAGCAUCCAUCACUUGGAAUCAUGUGGUUGUAGUUUGAAUGGUGUGGUAUUCAUAUUCAUUUAUAUUCAUCCGCAGUGGAAAGGCAGAUGGUAGAAAAGCUUCAUUUCUUACCUCUAAAAUCCUAAAGAUGCUGGAAAUAUUAUAUACAAUUUUUGUACAAUUUCCUUGGGAAUUCUAUUCCCCUGAGAAUAUAUGACUCUGACAGCACCCCACCCCUGUCUGCCUACCCCCUUACGUCAUGCCUUUUCGUGGCAGCUCUUGGCCAAUGAGAAAAUAGUUGCACGGCUCUGGUCAGUUAGAUGAUAUGCCAUUCAUAACACAGGAACAACGGAUCUGUGUCCGUUGUUCAUCAGCAAACUCUAGAUCUGGGUCAGGAUUGACACAUCCAGUCAAGAAGGGGAGUAGCUGAUGAGUACAUCGUGUUAUCCAGAUGUUCACAUCUGGAGAUUCAUUAGUGAGUCAGUAGCCUUAUGAAGGUUACAAAGUUCUUGUGUGAGGGAAAGGAAAUGGAAGUCUGGGACUUGAACAUUUUAGCUGCGGCAACAUAACUUUAUUCUAGUGAGAUACUUGGCUGGUUGCCACAUAUUCUCAAUGCUAAAAUGAAAAAAAGGGCUUGCUCUUCCUGUACUUCUUGGAGAACUUGAGAUCUGAGGUGGUGUCACAGAGUUUGUGAGAACAAGACACACGACAAGUGGAGAAGCCCACAAAUCGCACUGGCUCCCCUAACACAGAAUGGAAACAGUUACAUCUGUGAGGAAGCCCUCGGCACAGGCUCCAAGGCCAGAGCUGAGCGGAAACUGGGGUGGUUCACAAGUCUUCACGGAAUAAAGAGU